AUGAUGAAACUUAAAGCACUAUUUCAUUGGUUUUACAAACAAAUAUAUGAUUACAAUACUUUUAUACCAGGAGAAAAUGAAUAUAAUGAUGAUGAUAAUGAACAAGACGAUCCAGCAGCCACUCUCAAAAAGCAAAAAUAUGCAACUUGGCUGUAUACUGUACUUCUCGCGGAUGAUUUUUCACAAUUCAUACAAAUAGAAAGUUAA